CCAGCAUGCAGAUUACCCGGCAGGACUUCCGGAACUAAGUGAACAGCAUUUUUGGUGUAGGAGACAGAGUGCUCUUCUAUAAUGGACAACAAAGCUGUUAAGGCAAUAUUGUUUGACUUGGACAACACGCUCAUUGACACAAGUGGGGCAGGUGUAGUUGCGAUACAAAAGACCAGUGAACUUUUGAAAACCACACUGGGCUUCAACGAUGACACAAUCCACAGAAUUUGUGACAAGUUCAAGCAGAAGCUUCACCAUGAGAGUUUUGACCCUGCAGCAGACAGAUCCAUAGACGAUGUCCGUGUGAGUCACUGGGAGGAGAGCAUCCAGGAGACUGUCGGCAGUAGUUCCACACCCUUGUUGGCAGCUCAGUGCUACUACCUGUGGAAAAGUAGUCGCCUGGAAGUGCUCAGUCUGUCCCCUGAAAUAUGCAACCUCCUGAAACAGCUGCACAGCAGAUACAAGCUGCUGCUGCUGACCAACGGAGAAGCUCAGACUCAGAGAGAGAAAGUGGAGGCAGUCAUGUGUGAGAGGUUCUUUGAUGCUGUUGUGAUCGGGGGAGAACAUGCAGAGCAAAAACCAUUCCUCUCCAUCUUCACGUUGUGUUUCAACAUGUUGGAGGUGGAAGCCCAAGACUGUGUUAUGGUGGGAGACUCUCUGGACACAGACAUACAGGGGGGCUUUAAUGCUGGAGUACGGGCUACAGUUUGGAUCAGAAGAGCAGGACGUGCUGUGCCAGAUGGUUCUGUAAAACCAGACUACACCAUCCCGACUGUGCUGGAUCUGCCAGAUGUUCUGGCUCAACUGAAAUAAGGAAAACUGGAAAAUGAAAUGGUUUUAACUGCCAAGAGAUUAUAUACUGGAAGUCCUUUAAAUACAUUGAGGCCAUAGUAAAACCUGAUCGGUGCAGACA